AUGAAUGCCAGUGUGGCGAUUUGUGGCAUCAUAAAUCAGAAGUUUAGGAGCCUGACCAGGUUUCUGCAGCCUGCAGCCGCUAAUUCUCAUUUAGCUCUCAGCCAGCUGAGCAGCGCAGCCACUGAAUCUGGGAGCUCACACUGCGCAGCUGGCACAGUCAGCACCAACACCAUCAGCAUUCAACCAGAUGAUAAUUUCCACUGUCAUAUCAGUGUUAUUACUUCUGGGAGUCGUAAAGAAUGGAAAAACCAACGGGCGGCUGUGUCUCUUGAGCGAGAGGUUUUUGUACGGCGGGUGAAUGAGUCUGUAUCACUGUGGGACACUUUCGGUGGCGGCACAAAACUGUCAGUUGGACGUGACACAGUCCCCGCCCUCACAGUCCUGCCCCCCUCCCGGGAGGAGCUGAGUCAGCAGGGAAAGGCCACACUGGUGUGUCUGGCCAACCGGGGCUUCCCCUCGGACUGGGCCCUGCGCUGGAAGGUGGACGGUGCCGACGUCAGCUCGGGCGUGGCCGGGAGCGCGGGGGUCCUGGGGCAGGACGGCCUGUACAGCUGGAGCAGCUCCCUGACUCUCAGCGCGGACGCCUGGAAGAAGGCGGAGUCGCUGACCUGCGAGGCCACGCAGGGGUCCCAGUCCACCCCCUCUCAGACGCUGAGGAGGGACCAGUGUUCUGAGUAGGCCUGGGGGGGGGCAGCUCACACCCUCUGAUCUCACUGUUUUUACCCUGUUCUGCUCUCAGCCCCUCUGCCCCUUACUGCUGACACACUGAGCUCAGUCUGUGUGUGAAUCCCCUCCUCCAGCCUGAGCUUUUACUGCUAAUGUCUCACAUGUGCUCUGCUUGUGCUGCUCAACAAACUUGCACACACACGCCUCCUUACUUGUGUUUGUGUGAUUUUGGCGAUAGCUGUUAGAUCAAACUCAUUGACAUAAUAAAGAUUCUUUGAACAGA